CGUAUGCUCGGUACCAAAACUGCGGAUGCUGCUCCUUGUUGAAUUGACGUGUCGCCAUGAGGAUGUGAUUAGCUAUGCUGCGCGUUUCUUUUCUGCGAGUAUUAACUUUAUCUUGAGCAGCUCGUACGCGUUACGAAAAUUUCAGCGCUUAGCGCAGACACACAAGAAGAAGACGAAUUAGUGAUGCUCAGCAUCACUUAUGUCCGAGUCUGAGGAGGCUUUCGAAAGCGCUGACGAGGACGUGGAUGAAUCGAAGCCGAAGAGGCGUAGCCGAACUACGUCCGAGAAGCUGAGCGACAUCAAAGAGAGCGAGUCGCCCGUGCGCGACUGCAAAGGCAAGGGGGACGGACCGCCUCCCGAAAUCGGUGCAGCCGACGUCGCGCAGAUCACGCCAAACAAUCUUGCGGGUGAGAAACAGGCCACUGCGACAGCUGACAGCAACGUCAAAGCUGGCUCCGAGCCUAAGAGAGAUGAUGCGGCAGAGACACCACCGGCAAAGGAGAAGGAGAUGGGCGUCCUGGAGCGCCUUGCGCAGGUCGCUUCAAGAGAUGACAAGAGCUCACCAAUCAACUGGGGCUUUGGAAAGUGGGGAUCGUCCAUUCUGUCAACAGCUGCGACAUCAGUAAGCACCUUCACCAACCAAGUCUCACAGGGUAUUGGCACUGUCAUUGAGACGGUAGAGUCGACACUCGGUGCUCCAAAUCCAGAAGAACUUGCUCAGGAACUGGAAACUGCGAGAAUCGAAACACAGCCAGAUGCUACCUUAGGCCAAGCCACUUGUGAUGCAGAUCAGUCCAAGGCUGAUCAAACUGAGGAGAGGCACGACAGCCCAGGAGUUGGUGGCAUCUUCAGUGGUGUCACAGCAAUCACCAAAGCCAUUGAAGCCACUGGUUCCAAAGUGUUGAGCGGUGGUCUUGACACACUGGAAAUGAUUGGCAAGAAGACCAUGGACAUUCUGACGGAAGGAGACCCUGGUCUGCGCAAGAAAAGGGGCAUGUUCGAGGGCAAGACGAGUCUCUCCGAGGUUCUGCGUGAGGCAAAGAUGAAGGCAGAAAAAGAAGCCGAGGAGAGAAAGGCUGAGGAAGCUGAAGAAGUGAUCAACUACAGCAAGCUUUUUGAUGAGCACCAAGGUCUUGUGCAUCUGGAGGCCCUAGAGAUGCUUUGUGGGGAACGGAAGACAGCAGUGCAGCAGAAGCUGAUGGAAGCCGGAGAAGAAGAAAAGGCCGAACUGAAUGCUCUGCUAGAAAAAAUCAAGAGGACUUGUGAGAGCCUGCCUGCGACUGACGACACUCCAGAUGACGAGCUUGAACAAGAGUUUGAAAAGUUGCUGACAGGGCACCUUUUCGAAAUUGGCCUCAAUCUUAGAGGGGAGAAGCUGAAAGAGACUGACCUUGAAGUCAGAGAGUGGCUUCGAGACUGCAUGGCACGCCAAGAAAAAGGAGAAAAGGUGGACGCUAAGGAGGUUUACAGGCGAGGCAUUGAGACCAUGGCCGAAAUGACAGCCAAGACCAUGGAGCUGUACCACAAGGUUGCCGAACUUCUACUUGUGAAGACUUCACCUGACAGGACGCCUAUGCACUAUGCUACUCAACUGACAGGCCUGACUGCCGUCCUUUGUACUGAAGUGGCCAUCCUGUCCGCCCAGUGUGGGCGCUGCCUCAACACAGCAGCCGACGACUCGGAAGACCCGGACUCAGUUACACCAUUGAUUACAAAUAUCUAUUUGGAGGCCUCGAAUAGCAACACCUACAUCCAAGAUGGCUUCCAGCUCCUAGUGCCCAUACUACAACUACUUGCUGUGCAGCAAAAACUUGGCUGAGUGGCUGCUUCAGGAUUCUGAUGCCAACUUGUACCCAGUGGUUUAGCUGCGACUCCUGAAAGACCACUGCACAGGGUUCUGAAUCCAUGUGUUGAAUGCAGCUGUUGAAUGUGUUCGCACUGCUAUCAAACUCCUAAUGUCACACAAAUGUCACCGAAAUGUGGCCUGACAUCUGAAGUGUUUGACCACCAUGAGACUGAUGGCAAAUGCACCAGCCUUAGUCAAGGAAACUGAGCAUUUAGAGACUUCUUGAAUAAUUUCCACUGACAGCUAUGUUGCCUGUUUAAAUCACCAUGUUUGAUUAUGACAACUAAAUGUUUUAACUUCGGGAACUUUCUCACCAUCAAGUCGCAGUACAUAUUAUGCCGUGUAAAUGACAAUUGCCUAGUGCACUCGCAUCACUACAUGUGAGUAAUGCUUGAAUAUCACGGGCAAGCCAUAUUUGGCAUUGUAAAUCUAUUCAAUGCGAUGCCUUGAAAGUAGUACCACUGAGAGUCUAUCCAAUUGCCAUGCAAUGAAUUUGCAAUUCCAAGUUAGCCUUUAAGUAAUUAUUACAUAAAGCCACAAUGACAUGCAGUAAAGUGUAUUUCAAAUCUUGUGCUUCCUGCCUUUACCAUGCUUGUUGAACUCCUGUGUUAACUGUUAGCACAGACACUUCAUUGCAGUUGCAUAUGCAUGUAACCCAGUGGUAAUGUUGCAAGCUUGCUGUCUGGAGCUACAGUCUGCUGCCUUGGGGAUGCACCUUUGGUGCUCAAAGCCUGUUGUAAUCAUCAGCUAAUAUCAUGCAUACCAUUAUAGAAACACCUUUAUAAUGCUGAGCACUGCUAGCACAUGCUUUUAGGUGCACUUUUUCUAAUGUAUCAGGCAAAGCAGCAAGCUGUAUCUCGAGACUUUCACUGCAUCCACCUCGAGCUCAAUCUAGCACUAAAUAGUUUUUUUUUUUUUGUGUGUUUAGCAUGUUCAAAGGUAAAAUAAACUAUGCUGAUAGCACUGCAAGCAUAAGAAAUUUUACUUUCUGUACACUGUGUCAAGUGUGGCAAUUCUGUGUUGGUGGAAAGACGACAUUCUGUACACCUUUCCAAGGAACGCUUCCUGCACGUCUGUUGUGAGCCUGCUGCACACAUGUUCAAAAGCAUGGCAACAGAGGUGAUGUGAGCUUUCUACAUGUGUUUUCGGAGGCUAAAAGAAGCAUUAAUCUUACAGUAAUAUAUAUAUAUAUAUAUAUAUAUAUAUAUAUAUAUAUAUAUAUAUAUAUAUAGCAUGGAAAGGCAUGUCAUGCCGUGGCCCAGCCAACAUGCUUGCUGUUUGCGAGUACACAUACUGCACAGUACACUAGUGCUGGCCAUUUCAAGCUACUAGGUUUUGUUCACUGAAUGCUUGCAUAGCUGGUUGGUACAUCAAAGCUACUGUUGGCGUGAACACUUCUACAGAGGUAGUGUUGCAGAUCAGACUUCUGCGUGCCAAAUGUGUUAAGAGUUCUAACGAGUGUUAAAGUGUUUGUUGGCCAUGACAUCAGCACUUUCUUGUGAAUGUUAUCGCUUCUUCCUGUACAUACGAGUCUGUUGGAAGUAGCUCCAGCUACCUGCGUGCUUAUGUGUGUUGUAGUGAAAAUUACUAAUGCACAAGGUAGAGAAACCAGAGAUUGUCUGUCUUUGUUCUCCUCACUAGUGCUCAGGCGAUCUUGGUCAUCGCCAGCACUGGCGCUACCACAGUGUAAAUAAAUGUUGUGAAACAGCUUUUGUGCAAAGCUAUGCAGGGCAACCCAAGUAAAAACCACAGUAAACAUUGAAACCUGGACGUUUUAUGUUGUUUCAACCUGUACCAGUGACCUUCAGUCCAGAUGCUUUUAUGUAUGCAGUUUGUGUUUGUCAAUCAAGAUUUCCCAGUAAACAAGGACAUGGGUGGAACUAUUCCAUUGUGCCCUGCUAUACAAAUCCCUACUGUAGCAGUCUUUUAAUAGCUGGAAUAGGACAACAGCUUUCUCUUUCUUGCGCCUUUUUAAUUAUGUUGCCAUUGUUGCAAGCCUCAGAUAUGAGAUGCACUGAUUGACUAUUCCAAAGCUCUGUUGUUGCUACAUAUUCAAGACUUGUACCCAACAGUGCUUUGGGAACAGUCUACUAAUAUUUUAAAACUCUCUGCCUGGGCAUGUGACUUAUGUGCAGUCGAUUCUUUACUACUAGUAUAAAGAAUAUAUCUUACCAAAUGCGGGGAAGUUUCUGCUCAGGUGCUACAUGCUGUCACGCUCAGAAACCACCAUAGUGGCAGCUUAUUCGGUGCACUAAGUUGACAAGCACAGCUCUCGCAUUGAAGACCGGUUUACUGUGGCAUGAUUCUUCAGGGCUAAAAAGUUUUAACACUGAAAAAUAGUUUUCUUGCAUGGUGCAACCACCAGGCUCUGUUCUCUGGCAGUUUUACUUUAGCCUUCAUAAUGUACCACCUUGUUCUUUCUUUUCUUCCUUUUCUUCCUAUCUUCCAUUUUUAUCCCCUUCUCCUGGAGGAGCAGGUUGGAAUCAUGCACCUUCCAAUAGAAGUUGCUAGCCUGUUCUUCCCUUUCUGUCUGUUUUCAUGUUUACAAACAAAAUAAUGGCACAUGAAAACUAUGUUCACAAAUGCAAACAAAGGUAUUAGGUCAGCUUCUAUUUCAGAGUGCUUAAGUCAUCAUUCACAGUAAUGAGACCCACUAUGACAUAUUAAGCAAGUGUCGGCAUUCCGUUUGCAGGGAAGUUAGCCAAUUUACCUGGGUUAAAGGUGGUUUAAAACACAUACAUACUGUUUGCAAGUGAAUUUGCUACAGCAACUUCACAACCAUCAAAAGGACACUAAAGAGAAAUAUUGAAUCAAUUUAGAUUGACAAAGUAUCCUUGAGCUUUUGCUGAUUUCAUAGUAAUAGGUUGAUUAUUAGGAGAGAAAAUUAUCGUCAAAGUUUCAUUUUUGAAUUUUGCGCUGGAAACCAAGUGCCAGUACGUCGACCAGACAUGACGGGUCACAAAGUAUUUUUUUGCUUUUCGUACAUUAUGGUUCAGUCCUUGGCUCAUUUCGAAUACAAGUACAUUUUUACUGAUAAUUUAACUAGGUCCUACCAGACUGCAUCAAGAUUCAUGACGUCACAUAGAACUGGUAUGGCGAUUUCAAGGCAGCAUCACUGCCCAUCUUUCGUUUUUGUCUUUUCUGGAUUACCAAGUGACUUGUCACAGUAAGAGUGGCUAUUUUGGUAUUGUGAAAGGGUAGUUUACCAACGCAGCUCAAGUAAUUUUUCUCUUUAGUGUCCUUUUAAAAAGCCUUUCUGGUGUCCUCCAAUAGCACCAAGAAUGCAUAGUAUCGUCGGCUUCGCACUGCCUAUCGAGUAUAUUUGCAGCCACAGUUUUCAUGUUAACAUGUCUACGCAUGGAGCCCGUAGAAGAGAUGUGCACCGGCUGUAUGUACGAGCCUGUGUCUACAACACAAGCCUUAUCCCCUUUUUCUUUCUUUUUGGAAUGUGGUCUGCAUUCAGAGAAACUAAAACGUAUGGCAGCACUAGCAGCCUGUUUGUGUCAGCCGUAAUAUAAUGCUCGUUGGCACAGUGUUAUAUAAGCUGUUGUGGCUUGACGUUCUUCAACACUCCUCACGUUUUAAUGAGCCUUUCACUCUGUUUAGAGUUGUGAGCAUGCACUGGUCUUUUGAGAUUAGGCCUCUUGUAAUGGGGCACAUCACUGGCCAUUUUCUUUCAGAAUUCUUAUGAGACACCUUAGUGCAGGUACCCCAGUACAGUUCGUGAAGCUUAACCUUGUCACAUAGCAAGACAGUUCGUUCUGCUUGCUCAUGGGACUUGUGCUUGCGAAAUGUUUUGCCCGUAUUAUGUAUGUUCAUUUCUUGUGCGCUGGGUGCUGCUCUCAAUAAAAGGACAGAAAUUAAAACAAAUAGUA